CAAAACCUGCUGGCCCUCCUCAUCCAGGCCUACUCCAAAUUUGAUCACGCCAAGGCUGAGGCGGCUAGUCGCGAUCUGGAGUUCAAGGAGAAGUUGAGUGAGAAGGAGGUUGACUCCCUGGAGAACUCCUUCCUCCUCGGUGUGAAGAGCGUCAAGAAGGCCGGCCGUGCAGCUGCGGCUGCGGCUACUGGAGGCACUCCGAAAACCGUCGUCACCGCAACGAAGGAGACUCCUGUACAAAAAACUCCCGGCAGCGGUUCCAAGAAGUUGCAGCAGCAGAAGAAGAAACGAAAGGUCCGUCUGCCGAAGAACUUUGAUCCCAACAUUCCACCCGAUCCGGAACGCUGGCUGCCAAGACGCGAAAGAACCGGCUAUCGCGGCAAGAGGCGCGAUAAGCGCGUUACUUCUAUUGAGCUCUUCUUGCGUUUACGGAUGGCCGCGAAAAUACAACGCCUUAUUGCAAGUAUAGGGAGACCUCACCAGGAGACUUAUAGUAGCGGCUGGACAUUUCAACUAGUGACCGGCUACUAA